CUUUCAAAACCAGCCAGAGCCAAGUAUGAGUAUUCUGCAAACUGCAACACCGAGUCAGUGUUUACGUAUAACAAUUAAACUGUUUCAUAUUUAUUAUAAUGCAUUGUAAUGGCAUCAGCAAAUGUUCCUUUGCUAGAUGACGAUACGUUAGGAUUCGGAGAAGAAGAGGAGGAUGGUCAGAUUUCAUCAAAGAAUAAACUUGUACACCCGUACGUGACAUUCUUUCAUCUCGCAUUCCGAUGUUCUGCAAUAGUUUUGUACAUGUUUUGUAGUUGGUUUAGUGAUGGCUUCAUUACAAGUUUUGUGAUAAUCGUACUACUUCUUUCCAUGGAUUUUUGGACUGUGAAAAAUAUCACAGGUAGACUGAUGGUAGGUUUAAGAUGGUGGAACUAUGUGGAUGAUGAGGGAGUUUCUCACUGGGUAUUCGAGUCCAGAAAGGGCGACCAACAGAACAGGGUGAAUGCACGAGAGGCGCGCAUAUUUUGGGUGGCGCUGAUUGCCGCUCCAGCCAUGUGGGCCAUAUUCUUCCUGCUUGCUCUAGUCAGAUUCAACUUUAAAUGGCUAUUAUUAGUGUGUAUAGCACUCAGUUUGAAUGGAGCCAAUUUGGUUGGAUACAUGAAAUGUAAACUUGGUAGGAGUGAUGCUUCAUUAAGCUCUUUCACAACUGAUUUCUUCAGGAAACAAGUUAUACAAAAUGUAGCAUCGAUUGUUACUAAGACGGCGCAGGCGCCCUCAAGCAGUUCAGGUGCUCGACCCACCAACGUCGUUUAGUUGUCAACUGACUAAAUUAAACACGUACAACGUUUACAAGUAUUUUAUAUGAGAAAGGAGUGAAUGAUUCUGGUGUUAAUUGUGUGUUUGUUGUUGCUUUUGACUUAUUGCUUCUGUUAAUAGUUUAUCAAUAGUGCCUAUUAUCACAGAGUCAAGAAGAUUACUGUACCACUAAAACGGGAGUAAUUGUGCUAGGUAAAUUUAUUCUGUAAUGAGAUGACGCUGAUUAGUGAUGUAACAUUUUUGUAUUGCUGGCACAAAUUGUAUUGCUUUAGAACUGUUACGUGAAUAUGCGAGUAAAAGAUUAAUUUCAUAUCUUAAAAAAACAUAUAAUUAUCUUCAAAAUGUUGUUUUGAAGUUGAUUUUAAAGUGCGUCAACAGAUGAUUCAAAUCAUUUAUCCCUACUCUGAUGCUUGGAAGUAUCGAUAAGAAGUUUUUGUCAGAAUAAUGUUCUGGAAUGGAAGUUUUCUAAAUUCAGACACCAUUGUUGUGAUUACGUUGAAUAAAUAUUCACUUUACCGAGUGUCCAAAAAGUAUUAAUAAUAUUUUUUAAAACAAUUUAAAUAUGAAACCAAACUCUUGCUGGUAACAAAUUAUAAAAAAUCAUCUUUUUGACUUUACACGAAAUUCUAAUCACCACCCCGAGUGAUAGGGGUUGGAACUCAUUAGAUAAUGAGUUAUGUAAAACAUCUCAAAGAUGUUUUUCAAGAAUGAAAAACUGCACAAAGUGGUAGUUCAUAUCUUUCCUCUAUCUAAAAUGGUAGCCAACCAAAUAAUGAAAAAGUCAAAAAUUUAUUGCCUCAUUAACUUGGGCAUCAAAGACGCUUUAUGAUAAAAUCCAUUAUAAAUCUCCUCCAAGUAAUCCCAUAUUAUUCAAGGAAGUGAAAAUGAAAAAUUCUAGUGAUUACAAUAUUCAACCCAAUGUGAAUUUUCAACAUGAGUGUUUAGGAAAUGAUAUUGGGAAUUACGGCGAGACAGAACAUUUGAAAAGAUCUCUACCAAUAAAAUCCAAAAGAAUAAAUAAAUAAUAAUUUAAGGAAAUCAAUGCAUUGAUUCUUUCCUCAUUCCCCUUAGAGGCGUUGUGGAUAACAAUUUCAAAAUUCGAUCUAAAUCCAUAAUAAUGAAACAUUUUUAGACUUGUUAAACUCGUGUUCCACGGAAAACGUUUAUUCACAAGACGUUGAAUUUCAAUUUAGACUAUUAAAAUUGAUUUGUUCUCCAAUACUGAUGGAUAAUCGAAAUUGAAUAAGUAUACUGGGGUGUCGCUUAGAUUAUUCCAGCUAGUGUUUUUCUUCGGCUAUCUGGCCUAUCUGAAGUAGAGCACUACAAAUAAACUUGUAUUUUUUUCAAAUUUCGAUGUGUGUCCUCGGUGAUUCAUUGUGCUUCCUCAACAAUGCUUGUUCUAGUUAAUCAAUAUCGAGGAUAAAUUGUAAUUAAACUUCUCGUUUCACCAUGAAACACGAGCUGAAUAAUUCUAAGAAAAUGCACACCAUUCUACAGAUUAGAAAACACUAACACCAAGUCAUAAGGAGGAUUAUUUUGCAUAUUAUUGAACGUACAGUUCUCUAUAAUUUAUCGAGAAAAAUGAAUAUAAUGAAUUAUCAAGUAUCAGAUGGAUUCAAUCAAAACUUUUCUAGUUUUUUCUGGUUGAAACUACACAAUCACACUGUGUUUGGCUACGUCUGUUCUUGUAGAAUACGAUAGUUCAUUAAUGUGACUUCUCAUCAUUGUAAUCAUACACUUUCAAAUACAACUGUUUUAAAAAUGGUGAUGAAGAUGUUGUAAAUUACAUUUAUUUCAAUGUAAAUAAAUAAUCUUGAUUUAUG